UUGGUCCAGCAAAUGUUUUGUGGCACGCCUACUUUCACGAGCUGCAGUGGCAUUUUUCGCGCUUCAAUUUAGUUGGGAUUGUUUUAAGCUAAAAGAUGGACGUAGAUUUUUUGGAUAAUGACUUCAAAGUUGAAGAAAUAGACGACAUGACAUUGUCUCAAGUGUGCGACGAAAUGGAAGCUUUCGACGGAUUACUGAACAUGAGCCUUACACAGACGCUAGCAGAGUACGACACAGGAUCGGAGCAUGGUGAAUUUAAGCUUGAAUGGGACUUUUUGAGUGAAAAUGAAAACAGUUCGAAUUUGCCGACCACAUCGGGUGAUCGUUUUGCGCCCCCAGUGACCGAGAGUGAACUGAAAUCUCUAAUUGAAAGCCAGGAAAACAUAUUAAACACUAAACAAAACACUAGAUGGGCGGUCAACGUGUUUGAGAAAUGGAGAACAGGCAGAUCCGAAACUAUUCCAGAACUUCAAUUCCAGGGCAGCGAGGAAAUGAAUUACUGGUUACAACGCUUUAUAGUGAAAGCUAGACGGCAGGAUGGUAAGGACUACCCCCCUAAGAGCCUGUACUUGAUUUCAUGUGGACUACUUCGUUUUUUGCGGGACAAAGGUGUGUACGACAAAAACUUUUUAGACGAAAAAAACACAACUUUUAUUGAAUUUCGGAAAGUUCUAGAUGCAAAAAUGAAGUCGCUGAUUGAAAAAGGCAUAGGGUGUACUACGAAGCAGGCUGAUCCUAUUUUACUAGAAGACGAGGCCAAGUUGUGGGAUGUUGGAGUGUUUGGAAAGAAAAAUGCAGAACAACUUCAGAAAACGAUUUUCUUUUACGCCUGUAAAAUCUUUGGUUUGCGUGGGUGCGACGAACAUCAUAACCUGGAAUGUGAACAGUUUACUAUUGGAUCAGAUCAGCUAGGAAAAUUUAUUGAGUUUACGGGUCGAAAAACCAAAACGUACAAAGGAGGGCUCGGACAGCUAAAUGUGUGCAACAAGACCAUUAAACAUCACUGCCAGUCCGGUGAGAGAUGCAUUGCUGACUAUUUCGAUCUAUAUCUGGAUUCUCUUGGACGCCAAGGAACAUUCUAUCGAAGACCUCUUCCCGCAACAUCUGAGGUGCCAAUCCGAUACGGAAAUCAAGUUGUGGGAAUUAACAAGCUGAAAAACUUAAUGCGAAUCAUCUGCACGGAAGGUGGUUUACAGGGUAAUUAUUCGAAUCAUAGCGGCAAACGCACUUGUGCGACCCAGCUAUAUAUGUCUGGUGUUGAAGAGCAGCAGAUAAUGGAUCGGACUGGUCAUCGUUCUCAAGCAGGUGUCCGUAAAUACAAAAGAUCCAGUGCGCAAAUGGAAGCUAAUGUGUCAAAGAUCUUGGAUCCGCCCAAAGAGUGUACCGAGAAUUCUACUCCGUUGAAUACUCUAGAUGGAUGCACUCCAGGUAUUUCAGAUGAGUGUCCCGUUAUUCCACAGACUGCAGCAAAUGUCCAGGGUGAGGGGGAACCUCAGAGCAAGAGAUUCAAACCGAACAGAUUCCCGUUUGGAGAAUUUAAAAAUUGUAACAUUACAUUUCAGUUUUAAAGUGAAAUUUUCACAAAAAUCAAUGACUAGCCAGAUAGCUUGUUAAACUACCUAAACCUGAUAUUUCAGAAUUGAGUCUU